AUGGGAGUGUUCACAUGCAAGGGCAGGUAACGGAUCCCCUGCUGCUCCAGCAUCAGAUUUGGGACACCCCUGCCCCACCAGAGGGCAUCAGCUAUGCCUAGAAGGGGACUACAACAGACUCGACAGUAUCCACCGGUUGGGCCCAAGGCAGGAGGAAGGGCGGCGCCCCCAAACUCCCAGGCCGCCUGCAGCACCCCCCACGCGCCGCUCUCCGCCUCUGGGGAGCAUCCUGCCACCCCCCGACACCACACACACACCCGCUACACCCCGCCUUCUCACGCCUGGCCAGGCACUCUGGAGAUGUCGGAGAGCCAGGCUUUUCCUGAAGAGUCAGGAUUGGAAGGCGGACUUCCACCAUUUGCUGAGCUCCAGAUGAAAACAGCAGACGACAGGCCACACCCCGAUCCCACCUGGCUUACAGGUGCUGUCACACAGGACUGCUGACUAAACAGUUUCAAGCACAGCGGACCCUUGAAUAACGCAGGUUCAAACUGUGCAGGUCCACCCACAGGGAUGUUUUUCAAUCAGUUACACCAAGUGUCCCUGCCUCUCUUGCCUCCCUUCCCACCUCCUCCAUGUCUUCCUCUCACCCUGAGGCAGCAAGACCAGCCCCUCCUCCUCAGCCACUCAACGUGAAGACAAGGAGGAUGAAGACUUCUAUGAUAAUCCACUUCCACUUAGUAAAUACUUUAUCUUAUGAUAUUCUUAAUGACAUUUUAUUUUCCCUAGCUUAAUUAAUAAACUAAGAAUACAGUAUACUGUAAGAAUACAGUAUAAAUACAUAUACAAAGUACUUGUUAACUGAUUUUUUCAUGUUACCAGUAAGGCUUCCAGUUAACAGUAGGCUAUUUAUUAGUUAAGUUUGGAGGGAGCCUGAAGUUAUACAAGGGUUUCUGACUGCGUGAGGGGUUGGCUCUCCAACCCUCACAUUGUUCAAGGCUCAACUGCAACUCUCCUACCUAUCUCCCCCACCCUCUGAUGUAGUAGGAUAAAUAUAAAAACACUUAGAAGUCCUUGAAAACCAGGAAAAGUGCCACCAACAGACUAGAACAGUGGAGAAUUUCUGGAAGAUAUAAAGCAGAGGAGAUCAGAUUCCCGGUGAAACACAAUAGAGCCAACAGCCUGCAGGUGGGAGACCAUCUCAUCUGGAAAUGGGGUAGGGUGGGGGCAGUAGAGAAGGAAUGAGUCAUGGAGCUUGGAUGCGGUAAUCACACAAAGGGCUACCCAGGUGGCUUAGGCAGUGUCCUGCCUGUCCCCAGGGUAAAGUCUGAGUGCAGCAUUCAGACUGAAGACAAAGAUGCACCGGGAGCCUCCAGAGCCAACACUGGCCCAAAGAGAGAAGCAGGGGCCCGCCCAGGUGACUGCCAGGCACCGCCAGCCACACUGACAGGGAGAGCGGCCCAGAUCAGAGGCCCAGGAAGGCACUCUGCCUUUGCAACGUCCUGGCCUGUCUCCAUGACCACAAGUGCCCAGUGGUGCCAGGGUUGCCAGACAGUGGUGGUUUAGUUGUGUGCAAGAACUACUCUGCACAGCAAGAAUGAUUGAUUGAGACUGACAGAUUGCAAACACACUGCACUCAGGAACCCUUCACCCUCUUAGAAAUGGCUGAGGGUCUCAGCAGGCUUUCAUUCAUAUGAGUUUAUCUGUCAAUAUUUACGGUAGUAGAAGUUCAAGUGGAAAAAAAUUUAAAUAUUCAUU